CUCAAAAGAAGCCCACCUAAUUCAAAUCACAAAAACGUUCAAGUUCCAUCGAACCAAAACUUAAACCACUCUACGCAACCAAACUUCAACCAAAAAAAAGGAUAAAUUCGGCGCAUUUUUUUGUAUUUGUUGACCAGUGAAGAAAAUGACAAACUGGUCAACGAGAUCUGAUCAUUAAACUAUAAAACAAUAUAUUUUAAAGUAAAUAGAAAUUUGUGGUGCUUCAUUGGAUCGACGAAAGGCGUCCCGAUAUUGAGGUUCGUUACGCCGGCGAAGAUUUUCAUCGGAAACUUAUCUGAUCGUUUACGCCGGCGAAGAUUUCCAUCGGAAACUUAAUCUGAUCGGAAGGAAGAAGGCUCGAUGAAGAGCAGAUUGAAGAGCUACAGGAGGAAGAAGCUAGGGUUAGCCACAGUUAUCGUCUUCUGUUCUCUCUGUUUCCUCUUCGGUUUCUAUGGCUCCACUCUACUUUCUCAGAAUGUGCCUCGUGUUAAACCCAGGUUGAGAAUGUUGGAUAUGGUUGAGAAUGGGGAAGAAGAAGCUAGCUCGAUGCCUCAUGGUGUUACUGGAGAAGAAUCUAUUGGAUCGAUUCCUUUUCAGGUACUUAGUUGGAGACCUAGGGCUAUAUAUUUUCCGAAUUUUGCAACUGCAGAACAAUGCCAAGCUAUUAUUGAGAGAGCAAAGGUUAAUCUGAAACCUUCUGCUUUGGCUCUCCGGAAAGGAGAAACUGCUGAGAACACUAAGGGCACUAGAACAAGCUCAGGAACUUUUAUCAGUGCUUCAGAAGAGAGUACUGGUGCUCUGGAUUUUGUUGAAAGGAAAAUCGCAAGAGCUACGAUGAUCCCAAGGUCCCAUGGAGAGUCAUUCAAUAUUUUACGGUAUGAACUUGGCCAAAAGUAUGAUUCCCACUAUGAUGUUUUCAACCCAACAGAAUAUGGACCACAAUCAAGCCAAAGGAUUGCCUCCUUCCUGUUGUACUUAUCUGAUGUUGAAGAAGGCGGUGAAACCAUGUUCCCAUUUGAGAACGGUUCUAAUAUGGGCAUCGGAUACGAUUACAAGCAAUGUAUUGGGUUGAAAGUAAAGCCUCGGAAAGGAGAUGGUCUUCUUUUUUAUUCCGUGUUUCCAAAUGGAACGAUUGAUCAGACUUCGCUUCACGGGAGCUGCCCGGUGACCAAAGGAGAGAAAUGGGUGGCAACCAAAUGGAUCAGAGACCAAGACCAGGAAGAAUAAGUUAGGUUUUUUUCCAUAUAUCUAUCUCAGUCUCACAGCUUCUAUCUUUUGACUAAAAAUCUGCUGCUGGAUCCCUCGUGUACAGUUCUUCGCUGAAACAGUGUAACUAUUUAGCUUUCUUAUAAUGCGAAUGAUACAAAAAUUAAAACCUGAUAAUGAAAACUUGGUUCGAAAUAUCAUUUGAACAAUAGAAGUUUCUUGUUGUUUGAUAUUUCAGUAAAAGAAAUAUAAGAACUUAUAAGAUUAACA